UAAAAUUAUAAAUCGUUAGGGUAGGAUUUGGUUUGAUCGUGCAAAUCGCUCAAAAGGCGGAGUGGGUAUUGUACGUGGACAGCCUGAGAGGGUGAACUCAGGGCGUGAAUCUAGUGGUAGCCUGUAAUAUUGACAGAGCGAGGAGGAAAUAACUAACUAUUUCACAGACUAUCAUCAAGUAGCUAUCGCGUACGACUUUUGUCUUUGGUUGUAUGUUAUUUAGAGGUGAAUUAACUGACAAACGUAACCUCGCAGCGGUUGUCCUCGUUUAGCUCGGACCGGGCGGCCGAAGCCCCCCAAACUCGACGUUACAGCAGCAGCUUCAUGAUAGCUAACGUUAGGUUAGUUUGUAAAGAGCAAGUUAGUUAGCGGCAGUUAAAGCUACGUGAGGGUUGCCCACAGUUUGGUUAAGCUACGUAGCUGGCUCCAGACAACACAGCUAACAUUGUUUAACUUUUGUUUUGUCUUUUUGAGUUGGGAAGAAAAAUGCCAAAUUAGGAUGAAGAUGCUUGUUGUGUGAGGUUGACGUGGAGUCUCGCUGCUAAACCAGGCCAUCGUUGUCAGCUAGCUAACUGUUAGCUGCCUGCCUGGAAACACUGGGCCUUGGUGAAGCCAUGGCAGAUGAAAAUACACAAUUCUGUGGCAACUGCAAGCAUGAUAUCCCAGAGGCAAAUUUCACCACCCAUGAGAUCCACUGUCGAAGAAACAUCGCACUGUGUGAUGUGUGCCAGGAGCCAGUGCCUCGCUCAGAGCUGCAGGAGCACAAGCAGCAGGAGCAUACGCAGAUUACGUGCAAGUGUGGUUUGAAGAUUGAGAAGAAUCAUAUUGAAGUUCACCAGAGCUCUGAAUGUUCUCAGCGGCUGGUCCCGUGCCAGUACUGUGAACUGGAGCUUGUUUUCAGCCAGUCCAAAGAGCAUGAGGAUUAUUGUGGUGCACGCACUGAGCCUUGCCCACACUGCAAGUGCAAUGUAAUGUUGAAGGAACAAGCUGUACAUCCAGUCUUAUGUGGAAGUCUCACACCACCCCAAGAGAGGAACAACAGCCGUUCAAGUCGCAGUCCAGUAGAACUGCAGUCUCCUGGGGCAUGGCUUGAAACCCACUCCAUCCGAAACCUCCUGAGAGCCCAAGAGAGGGGCCCCAAAAAUAACAACAUCAGUGCCGCAGAACAUCAGGCCUUUCCACGGGCAUUUGAUCCCAGAGCUUAUAACACUUCAAGGGGACAUCAAGGCUCUGGAGACUGGAAGAAUACUGCCCCACUGAAUACAUUUAGCCACUUGCUGGAGCAGAGUGACAUCCUGAGUCGCAGCAGCAGCAGUGCAUGGCCACACAGCAGUCAGACGCAAGAUGAGGAUUCAUCAGGUCUAGACUACAUGUUGGCUCUCAGCCUGCAGAGUGACGGAGAAUCAGUGGCUGGAGGUAUGGAUGGCAAUCUGUGGAGUGAUAUCUGGGACCACAAGAUUGGGAAGACAUCUAACACCUCUGUCGGUUCUCCACUCUCUCCACCCAACAACAACUAUCCAAACUUCACCACAAGCACAAGUGCAGUCCAGGACUAUGAUCAAACAGAUACCAUGCUGCCUUGUGAGUUUUGUGAAGAGCUGUUUCCUGAAGAGGACCUAAUUUUGCAUCAGACUGGCUGCAGCCCCGCCUCUGCCUUUGCGUCUUUCAGCAAGCAGCCGUCGUCUCCCCCUAAAGAGGACAGGAUGAGCAGGAACGCUUCAGGGCUGAUGAGCAGCCUCCCUGACACACUUGCUUCCAACAUCCCCACUUUCCCUCGGUCAGUCUCCCCGGCCUCCUACAGUCCUCCAGCCAGUCCACUAGAGGGCGACGUUGUCAUUCCAUGUGAAUUCUGUGGCGUCGCUUUAGAGGAGGCUGUUGUCUUCCACCAUCAGGACAAAUGUGAUAUGCGCCCUCAGACUGCUCAUCCACUUAAUAAUAUAACAAAAGCAUCUGUCAAGUCGAGUAAGGACACCUUUGGUCGGAUGUCUCCAGACUUUCAGAGGAGAAUAAAACACCAAGGUGACUUUUUGGAUGAGCACCUUGGAUUUGAGCGAGACACGCCACCAGGACAAAGGGAAUGGCAGAAAGGCUACAUUGGACUACCAAGUCAAAGGAAGACGUCCAACUGUGAUGUUUCUGUGAAAAACAGACCUCCACUUGGCAGGGACGCGGAAGGCGCUCAGUCAUCUUUCUGUGACACUGACAAGUCUGGUUCUGAAUCUCUAAAGGGAGUACAUCUACCAGAAAAUAAAGAAGGGAGAGGAAACAGAAGGAAUCCAAUGACAAAGUUACCCAAGAAGCAGAAUGAAGAGCAGCAGGAAGAGUGAGAGCAGGAACAUCUGGAGAAAAAAGAUGCCAACCAAAUCUCCUGCUAUGUAUUCAUUUAUCUUUUUGCACACUUUUGAAAAUGAAACAUAUACUAUCUGAUAAGUGCCUGUGUGAGUAUUACUAUCUUGCAGUUUAUAUUUUGAUGAAUAUUACAAUUAAAGUCUAAGUGAUUUGGUUUAUUCAUGCAUAUUCUGCUUUAUUUUAUGAUUUGAUUCUAUGUCUAACAUACAGCUUCAAUGGAUAAAUUAUAAAAUGUACUUAAUUUACACUAAAUUUAACUGUAAAAUUCAUGUUGUGGCUCAUUUUGGGGAACAUCAGACACAUGAUUUUUUUCAGUGUGCAUUUGUUGGACUUAAAUUUUAUCUUGUUACUUCAGCCAAGGACAUUUAGUCUUCACUCCUGUUUUCAAAUUCUUUCAGGGUCUUUCUCAGUGUUCCUGUUGGUUUCUGCAUCUUCACGUAGCCUGAAGCACUUUGAUAGAUUAUUUUGUUAAAAAGGGCUUAAGGAACAGAUUUGAUAAAUUUAUGCAUUGUUGACCAAGAAAAAAAAUAACUAAUAUUGAACAUUUGUCUUUUUAUACUGUCAAACAUUUGUCUUUAAUACUUUUCAGUAAUAUUUAGAUUUUUGUAAUCAUAUCUCUAGAGCUAUUGUGCUAUGUGAUGUCAUGAUGAGAUGGCUUUUAAAGCAGUGUCUCCUGUCCAAUAUUCUUUUAAGUAGUAUGAAAUUUUCUGUGUGCUGUUCCUCCAAAUAGGAUUUAAGAUUGAUAAAUAUAAUGUGUUUUGUGUGUAUCAUAGGGCCUAUUUUAGACAUGCUUAUAAACAUAGGCAACCAUGUGCCACAGAUGGUUGAGGGUCUCCAGAUUAUCCUCCUAACUAGAGACUAUCAGAACAUUUUGCUGAUUUAACAUCUGAACAAAAACCUCAACCAGAGAGGAGCAACUAAUCAGUGAAAUCUCCUGGUGUGGUGUUUGGACUUUUAGCACUCAUGGCACAUGGAUGACUAUCCCUGUUGUAGAACAACUAUCUUGAUGCUCUUGUUUGUAUUAUUAAAUGUUUUAUGUUAAUAAAUGUUUAACAUUUGUUGA